UUUUCCUCUCGCUGCCAGCUGUGCAGAUUUUGCCGGCCGGUGUCCCUGUCCGCUCGGAAGUGAUUCGCGUUCGUCGUACGUAUUCCGUUGGAUUCUCCUCGCAGAAAUGUCCUCCGCGAGUGCAGCAGCCAAACUGGUCCAGUAUGUGGUGGUAAACGGCGAAAUUGCCAAGAGCUGGCCCAAGGGAGCGGUGAUAGCGCAGUGUUGUCACGCGGUUUCCGCCGUGUCGCACCUCUAUUCGAGCGAUCCGGACACGGUCGAGUAUUUCAAGGAUCUGGACAACAUGCACAAGGUGGUGCUGGAGGCUCCCGACGUUGGCAAACUGAACAGCUUGGGCGAGGUGCUGCAGCAGAACGACAUCAAGCAUAAAGUGUGGAUCGAACAGCCGGAAAACAUUCCCACCUGCAUCGCGCUGAAACCGUACCGGAAAGAGGAUGUCCAUAAGUACGUUAAACAAUUUAAACUUCUCAGUUAGUAGUUUGAGCACACAUGUUGGGAUGAGGGUCGUUGGUUGCGUGCGUUUCUUCGCAAGAAACGAAAAAUGUUUACACUAGCGUUGAAUAAAUAAUGCGAAAAUUCUCCGAAGAAAAUCGCCGGCAAACAUAA